AUGGCCGCCUCGACAUCCUCAAUCUCCAGCCCCCCGGCCGUGGCCAAACCAAAAGAGAACCGUCCAUUCUUCCUUUCCCCUUCCGCGUUCGCCAAAUUCGCCGCAGCAUGUGGUCCUAUAGCCAUCACUUUCUUUUUUAUCAUGCUGCCCGCCGCCAGCUUCCUGCCGCCCAUCUCGCCGUACCGCAGCGCCGAAGCCGUGGCGCAUCACUACCAGCGCCAUGAAACCGGGCUUAAGGGCGGUAUCGCGCUGAUGACUUUAGUCGGUUUCUUCUUCCCCAUGUACACGUGCGCAAUUGGGGGCCAGAUCUCGCGGAUUCCCGGUGUACCCACCACGGUGCUGAAUGCGCAAUUGCUCGGUGGAUGUCUCGGUGGAUUAUUCCUUACACUACCGGCGUACUUCUUUGCAACGACGGUGUACAGGACUGAUCGUGCGCCGGAGCUGAUUCAGCUAUUGAAUGAUCUUAGCUGGAUCUUUUUCGCCAUGCCGUUUGCGAGUCUACUCUGCCAGGACGUCGCCUUCAGUUGGGCAGUACUGCUAGAUCGGAGAGAAAAACCGCUGUACCCGCGCUGGCUGGCGUUCCUGACGACGGCGCUGACUCUAACUUUCUGGCCAGCGCUGGGCGUUCAUUGUGUGAAGAGCGGCGCGAUAGCGUGGAAUGGUGGUUUAGCAUUUUGGACGGUGGGCGUCGGAGGAGGCGCCCAGAUCUGUAUUAUAUCCUUGAUGACAUAUCUGGCAGCUGAUCGAACGGAUUUGCCGAGUGAGGUCGACAUCAGAGAGGGAGCGUUUCUGAGUGAGGAGGCAUUGAGCGGGAGAUUCGUGACCAGAGACGAAGUCGGGAGGCUGGUGGAGAGAUUGGUAGCAGAGCGGACAAAGAUCGGGAAAGAAGCCAAUUAAGUAGACGAAGAUGGAAU